GGGCAGCUCCUGCCCUGCGGACAGUCAGCAGUUGGUCUGGUGUGAGCAGCGAUUCUCAGAUCACCUCUUGGCUGUGGGUGGUGCAGGGAGCACCCCACCAUGGCGUGGCUGGGGGAUGUCUCCGCUCUUGCCCCCGGGAUAYAGAUUUUCACUGGCUGUGGGCUGCAGCUGCCUGAGGAGCCCCAAAACAAGUUGUUGUGUUCCUGGAAGAGCCCAUGCAGCAGKACCUGCCCUCAUCCUGCUCCCCGCCUUUUCCCCCUUGCACACAAGCCCUGGAGGAACCGGUUUGGGCCCUGCGGGCAGAGCUCCCCCCUCUCUGCCUCCCAGGGCAGGAACGGCAGGGUAGAGAGGGAGGUCCCCAACUCCUCGAGAUGCAUGCUCUGGUGGGGUUUGGCGCUUCUUGGAUUCCUGCUCCCAUCAACCAGGCUCGAUGCCAUGGGGCUGGGGAUGUGCUGGACCUUUGCCCUAUCCCUAAUUCAGCAGCCCUUGGCACACAUGUUGGGGAGCCGGCAGCAGCAUGAGCCUUCUGUCAGAUCUGUGCUUGAACUACCACUGUGGAACAGCUCAGCUCUGCAGAUGUAAUCAAGACCRCAAUGGCGUGUUCUAAUCGCUUCCACUUCCUUCUUCCUGGAGCUGAUAAACGAGACACUGCUCAUGUGCUGGAUGGGGGAGCAGCCCACUGGGGCAGGCUUGGAGGGCAUUGCAGGGUGUGCACCCACAGCCGCUCAUGGCUGUGCCACACUGGGGGCCCAUGGGGUGCUGCUGGUGUUCCUCAGCCUCACAGCCCAGCCAAGCCCUUGGGUUUGGCCUUGACACCAUGCCCACASCUGGGGUCUGCCUCACACCUUCGAGCCCAUCCAAACCUCCCUUCCCACCACUGUCCAGGCUGCUGCACCUGCUCCCAGGGCCMCUCAUCCGCAAUAGCUCAGGGACAGCAGAACCAUGCUCUGGGCUGCACUCCCUGCCCGUUCCUGCCCAAGCCUGUCUGACCCCAGCACGGCCUCUGGCUUCUGCUCCCUGUUUCUGAGUCUUUUAGAUCUGAGCUCCCCAGUGUUGGAGAGGAGGAGACACCACUCACACCUCUCUACCUCAGGGUGACAGCAAAUGACCGUGCUGGGAUGAGGCUGAGUUGGGACUGAGACUCGCGGACAUUCGGGGUGCCUGGCUCCACCUGUCUCGGUCCUGGCCCGACACACCGAUCAUGGCGGCGGCCGCUGUCCGCCACACUCAACAUGGCGACCCCUCGCCUUUUCCCCCAAGAUGGCCCGCCCUGCCCGUGACAAAGAUGGCCGCCCGGGAGCMGCGCCCAAUAUGGCGGCCGCUCGCCGGAACCGGGGGGGCAGGCGGUGAUGCCGUUUCCGGUGGUGGCAGUGGAAGCGGCGGCUGUACUUCCAUGGAGACGGGCGAGGGUCGCCCGCGGGUGGCGGCGACGCUGCGGGCGCUGAACGAGGCACUGGGGCGGCCCGCUGCGCUCUGGGUGAAGGAGAGCGGCGCCCGCAACCUGCGCCACCGGGAUUUCCUGGCCCCGCGGGCCGCGCUGAGCGCCGCCUUCCCCGGCGGGCAGGUGCCCCCCGAGGCCGUGUCGAUGGUGCCGUCGCUGCGGGGCCCUGCAGUGCUGCCGCUGCGGGUUUGCCGGCAGACGCCGGCGGGACUGACGGUGCAGGUGCGGCGCCCUGAGGCGUUCCAGCGCCUGCUGGGGCCCCUGCCCGGCCCCGACUGCCCCACGGAGGGGGCGCGGACGAGCUGCGUGGUUUUGCACUGCCCGGCCCUGCGUGGCCCCGCUGCCCUGCGGCYCCGCCAUCUCCGCUCCAUCCUGCUUGCUGACCACCUGGCGCAGCUGCUGCGCGCCCAAGGGGUCGAUGUCUGCCUGGUCCCUGCCCUCAACGAGGAGAGGAAUCGGGAGGUCCUGCGGCAGCUCCGCAUCGACUGGCCCUCCGGCUCYGGUUGCUCGUCCCUCCCUGACGCCGUCUCGGCCUUGAAGGCAGCGCUGGGUCAGUGCUCCUGUGCCACAGCCUGUGAGCAGGGACCAGGCUCAGCCGAGGGUGUCAUCUGCAAGGUGCACCUAARGAGCUUCGUGGAGCAGCAGCACUUGGUGGGCUAUGACCCCAAUCUGGAUGUGCUUCUCGUGACAGAGGCGAUGCUGCAGGCUGUGGCUGAGCUGCAAGAAGCUGUUCAGCAGUGCCUAGCUGAAGGCCAGAGCAGUUGCUGCAGCAUUGUGCAUGUGGUGAACUGUGAGGAGGAAUUCCAGCAGCAGCAGCUGGAUGUGCUCUGGAGGAUUUUGGAUCCGGGAGCCCAUACAGCUUUGCAGAAACACCUGAUCUGUGGGCCAGUCAAGGUGACCAACCCCUCAUCAAGCAUUGGGGCAGACCAGUACUUCCAGCUCCGAAAGCGCCAGAUGUAUGAAGCCUCUGUGAUGAAGUAUGGGGAGCUUGCAGAAGAUGAGGCCUGGACAGAGGUGAUUGAUACCCUGACAGUGGCUGCCAUCAGGUUUGAGAUGCUGAGCACUGCUCACCGGAGUCAGAUCACCCUGGACCUGGAGAAUAACAGCAUUUCCACGAAGGGAACGAAGAGCGGCGCCUUUGUGAUGUACAACUGUGCCAGGCUGGCCACGCUCUUUGACUCCUUCSAGCGAGCUGUGGAGCAGGGCACGUACCCACCUCUGCCACCAGUGUCUGAACUGAACUUCUCCUGCCUCCGAGAAGAGGGCGAAUGGCUCCUGCUUUUCAACUAUCUCCUACCCUUCCCUGAAGUCCUGCAGCAGGCAGCACAACUGCCCCUGCCCUCCAAGGGGAUCCGGAUCACUGCCAACACAGAGACAGUGUGUAAGUUUCUGAUCCAGCUCAGCAUGGAUUUCAGCUCCUACUACAACCGGGUGCAUGUCCUGGGGGAGCCAUUUCCUCACCUCUUUGACCAGAUGUUUGCCCGCCUCCGGCUGCUGGGAGCAGUGAGGGAUGUGUUCCACAGUGCACUGGCAACUCUUCACCUCCCUCCUCUCAGCCAGAUCUGAGCCACCCCUGAAGAGUUGUGCUGUGCCAAAGCGUACAAGUCACCUGCACACCACACUGUGUGUGGGAGAACAGGGCAYAUUCUCCUGGCAGGGCCCGGGGCUGCCCCAGUGCCAGGCAGAUGCUUCCCCUCCCAUGGUCUGUGGUGUUGGGGGCUUGGUCUUCCUGCAGUUGUGUCCAGUGUGGRACAUGGGUGCCCCUCCACAUCCACAGCAGCAGAAGGGGAAAAGGCUUCUGUGGCACCCCAGAGGCUGAGCGGGAUGUACUGUGGAAGUGGCAUCAGGGACCCGACCCGACAAAGCCAGACACCAACUUCACUUCCCUUAAAACUGUUUAUUGAAGGUUGCUCCAUGCUGGCAGGGAGCUCCAGAGGCUCCAGGCUCCUUUUGGGCUCUGAGCCAAGCCCCAGUACUGGGGCCCAAUACAUGURUUGCUGGACAAACGCUCGUGUGUCUGACCUCAGGGUUUUGUCCUUCCUUUGCUCUGACUGUCCUGGGGCUGCAGAGGAACAACCCACUUGGCCUGAGAGAGGGGGGCAGUUGGGGGCAGCCACUCUUCACCCUACAGCAUGCUGCUGUGGAGGAUCAGUGUCCCUGUGCAUUUCAGCACCAUCCUCAGAACUGCAGCAUCAGGGUUGUUGCACAGGGCUCUGUCCCACGGCACAYAAGGCUGCAGGCCACCAUGUGUCACACCAGCACCUUGACC